UCUGUGUCUCUCUCCCUCCCCCCUCUCUAUCUCGGGCAGCGAUGGUGAGCUGUGCCCCCAGCAGGCUGACAGCCUGGGUUCCUCUGGCAGCACCAGCACCCUGGCCUCCUCCGUCAUCGAGGUGGAGGCCGACCACGCCGAGCAAGGCCUGACCAGGAGCCGGCCGGAGGAGCCGGAGGAGGCGGAGGGGGAAGGGGAGGAGCUGUGCCCUCUCAGCACCCCGCCCACCCUGUCCAUCACCGAGGAGAUCAUGCAGUUCAUCAACCAGAGUCGUGUCAGAGAGGGAUUGGCUGAACUGCCCACAGACACGCCUGCAGUCCUGGAAGAACGCGUGGAGCUCCAGACCCCAGACCCCUGCCCCCUGGCAGUGCAGGCCAGCCAUCACAGCUUCUCCUGCCCCCUGAAGGAGGGCGCGGAGCCCCCAGUCUCCCAGAACCACACUCUCCAGCAGGGAGCACAGCUGCAACUGGAGGGGGACAGAGCCAAGAUGGAGGACGAGGGCACUCCUCGCCAUGUGACCAGUGAGUCAGAGGGAGGAAGUGCAGAGAAGGAAGGAUCCCUAGCUCUAGCUCAUCUGGAGGAGAAAGUGGAACGUGAUGAACUAGACACAGCUAAGGCUGGAGACGAAGAGGAGGAGGAGGAGGAGCAGACGGUCAUCACCCCAACACGACUGUCUCCUGACCACAUCUCCAGCCUCUCAGCCAGAGAGGAGGAGCUUGUCUGUGACCUGCCCAGAGAAGAGAAGCUCUCCCCAGGCCCAGCCCCAGGCCCGGCCCCCCCUACCUCCAUCGGCAGCCCUCCCUCCUCCAAGAAAGACAGCCAGAUGACCAGGAGCGACAGGCUGAUCAUUGAGAAGAUCAGAAGCUACUAUGAGGCUGCAGAGGCCCAGGCCGGGGCCAGGGCAGAGGCCGGGGGGGAGGCUGAGGAGACCGAGGGUGUGAGCGACGGCCAGACCCCCCAGAGGAGGAACAGCUUCUCCCAGAUUCCCUCGGGGAUGGUCAAGGAGUCUGUGUCUCGCUUCGACGUCUUCGGCCACCAGGACAGCCUGUGUGAGUCCGAGAGUGGGCGCUCGGACACGGGGACAGACCCAGGCCUGCCCUCCCCUCCGCCCCUGGAGCCUGGCCCCCCAGAGGGGCCCACCGGCCAGGCCUGCCCCACCUCCCUGCCUGCUGUCUGGGCAGAGGAGAGUCAGGACCAGGGCCAGACUCCACCAGGCCUGGAGGUGGACUGCAUCUCCGAGGAGACGGAACUAACGAAAGUGUUGAAGAACACGGAGAAGGAAGGCGUGUCCGCCACCACAGCCACCACAGAAGAAGAAAGCAAACGCAGCCUGUCCACAGCCGACACCACAGAAGAAGAAAGCAAACGCAGCCUGUCCACAGCCGACACCACAGAAGAAGAAAGCAAACGCAGCCUGUCCACAGCCGACACCACAGAAGAAGAAAGCAAACACUGCCUGUCCACAGCCGACACCACAGAAGAAGUCACCCCCUCCGUGCCCGAAGACUCCACGUGCACCCAGCACCUCAACGGGCAUGGCCCGGGCAGAUCCAACGCCACAGCAGGCCCCGGAGACCGGGACAAGGCCUCCACGGGUCCACCAGCACACGCUGAACCCUGGGGAACCCAGAGAGGGCUGGCCUGGACCCUGAGCAGGGAGCCCCCUGCCCUCAGUGGGAGUCUGGAGGGCCUGCCCAGCCAGAUCAGGGAGGGUCACUGGGCCCGGCAGGUGUCCUCCUCCUCCUCGCUGGCCCGUGGUCUGCUGGGGGCCAGCGGUGGAGACGUGGCCGGGAUGGGGCUGUUCGAGGCGGGCCCGGUGGCCCCGUGUCUUCUGGAGAACUCUGAGAGGAUCCUGAGCAAGGUCCAGAUGCUGGCCCGCAUGUAUGGAGCCAAGGUGAGCAGCAUGAAAGUUCCCCUGCACCACAAGAUGGCCGGGGGCCGGCCCCAAGGGGCCCAGAACCACAGCUAUGCCUACUCUCAGUACCACAACCGCUUUGAGACCAAGACCCACCACGCCCGCUAUCAGAGCCACACCAACGCUCGGUCUGACACCCAGAGCAAGAGCUCAACCCUGGGGAGGAGCCCUCGCUGUCCCCUGAACCAGAGAGAAGAGAGGAGGAAAGAAGAAGUGAAGAAUGGAGUGAUGAAAGAGAGAAGGGCAGAGGGCCCAACAGAUGCUGUCCAAUCAGAGCCCCAGAAAAAGACAGCUGUCCAAUCAGAGCCCCGGGAGAAAAAGGCUGUCCAAUCAGAGCCCCAGGAGUUAACAGACGUCCAAUCAGAGCCCCUUCUGUACGGCCACAUCCUGGUCACCGAGCAUCUGUCCCAGGUCUGCCACCAGCAGCUGUCUCCUACCCUCCACCUCCACAACAGCUGCCUGCCCACUGGAGACGCGGUCAUAAAUCAACCCAGGAAUGGAGCCUCGAAUGUGGGCUGCACCUACAUUUCCACCUGCGCCUCCCAUGCCCCCCCCCCCUCCCUGGAUCUUCCCACCCCUCCUUGUACACCGAGAGAGGGGGUGGUGGAGAGCCUUUCUGGGAAUGCAGAUAAAGAUGUGUAUCUGGAAGCUUCUGAGAGGUCAGCAGGAGAGCAGAAGGCCAUCCGUCCUCUGUACUCCAUCAGAGAGGACUCCUCCUCCUCCUCCAUCAGAGAGGACUCCUCUGCGGGCUGGGGUCCAGAAGCCACGGAUCCCGGGUUCCAAACCCAGGAGGAAGAGGAGGUGGUUGUGACCCUCCAGCACCAUGCCCCAGCCCAGGCCCCAGGGAAGGCCCCAGGGCAGGCCGGAGAAGAGGCCCAGACAGACCCACCUCUCCUGGGGGAGAGAAGCAGCUGUGCCCAGGGGCUCUCUGGAGCUCACAGAGUCCCAUCCACACUAGAGCCAAAUAUCCUGACCCCUGACCCCGGCUUCACGGAGAGGUCAAAGUCCUCUCACGUCUGCCGCCUGACUGACCCCCUACACACAGCGCACAUGCAGCCCUGCCACCCAGCCUCAGGGCAGCCCUGCCACCCAGCCUCAGGGCAGCCCUGCCACCCAGCCUCAGGGCAGCCCUGCCACCCAGCCUCAGGGCAGCCCUGCCACCCAGCCUCAGGGCAGCCGGAGGCUUCCAGAGGGAGAGGGUACCCCAUGCCUCGGCCCUGGUCGUCGGGCGGGAGCCCAGCACCCCUCCCCCCUCCCCCAGGAAUCCUGUCUGCACAGUCCCUACCCACCUCCACCCUGCCCUCCUCCACCAGCCAGGGGCCUGCCACCCUACCCACCUCCACCCCACCCACCUCCACCCUGCCCUCCUCUACCCUGCCCACCUCCACCCUGCCCUCCUCCACCCUGCCCUCCUCCACCAGCCAGGGGCCUGCCACCCUACCCACCUCCACCCCACCCACCUCCACCCUGUCCUCCUCUACCCUGCCCACCUCCACCCUGCCCACCUCCACCCGGCCCUUCUCCACCAGCCAGGAGCCUGCCACCCUACCCACCUCCACCCUACCCACCUCCACCCUGCCCUCCUCUACCCUGCCCUCCUCUACCCUGCCCUCUUCCACCCUACCCACCUCCACCCUACCCACCUCCACCCUGCCCUCCUCUACCCUGCCCUCCUCUACCCUGCCCUCUUCCACCCUACCCACCUCCACCCUACCCACCUCCACCAGCCAGGAGCCUGCCACCCUACCCACCUCCACCCUACCCACCUUCACCCUGCCCUCCUCCACCAGCCAGGAGCCUGCCACCCUGCCCUCCUCCACCCUACCCUCCUCCACCCUACCCACCUCCAAUCUACCCACCUUCACCAGCCAGAGUCCUGCCUAUCUGCCCUCCUCCGCUAGCAGGAGGAACAUGGCCAUGGACUGGGAGCCCAGCCCCACGAUGCCUGCCCAGAGGAGUCCCAGCCAGGAUUCGGCCCCUCCAGACCACGCAGCCUCCAGCCUCUCCCCAGCCUCCAGCCUCUCCCCACCCUCCGGCCUCUCCCCAGCCUCCAGCCUCUCCCCAGCUCGACGGCCUGUCUCCCAGCCUGGUCAGGAGAUCUGCUCCUCACUGGCUCCAGGAUCAGGACACCCACUGAACUACCAGCCCGCUUCCACCUUCAGCCCCAGCCCCGGCCCCAGCCCCAGCCUCCGUCAUCGGUCCCCGUCCCCAGCCAGAGUUCUUCCCUGCUUCUCUCCCACCCCCUCUGCUACAAGGGCUCUUCCCUCCCCCUCCCCAGUCAGGGCUGUUCCCUGCUCUUCCCCCACCCCCUCCGCUUUCACCAGGUCCCUGGCGGCCUCCUGCAUCAGCCAAUCAAUCACCCAGAGCCUUGCCAAGAAGAACGCUCGCCUCCAGGCCACACCCCUCGCAGGCGGAGGCCACGCCCCUCCGAGUCACAACACCGCCUCCCCUCUCAGAAGGACCUCCCCUUCCCCCAAGCCCUCCUCCGGUUCCAGCGGCCCCCCUCAGGGUCCUACCAGCCUCCACCAUGCCUCUUCCAGAGAGGGGUGCUAUCCACAGCGGUGUCCCCCCUCCCCUGUUCGCUCCCCUGGGUAUGUGAGGUCCAGCCCCUCCCCAGCUCCCGUCCCUGCCUCCUCUCCAGCACGGUCCCCUUCCCCCUACAGGAGCCAGCAUUCUGCAUCCCCAGCCCCCUCCGUCAGCCUCCACCACCCUUCCCCAGCCUCUCUCUGCCCCAGGUCUCCAGCUGCUGACCCUCCCAGAGGACUGAACAACAACAGCAACAACAACAACAACAGCGGCGGCGGCGUUGCUAACGGCGGGUGGGCAGCCAAUCACAGGAAGCCUCCGCUGGUGAGCACAAACAGCAUGCCACCGUCCCAUGAUCCUCUCUGGGUGGGCUCUCACAACAGGGUGGCGAGGCCAUUCUCCUCCUCGGAGCCCAGCUCACGUGUCCAGUCCCCCUCCCCCUCCCCGUCUCCAUUCAGCCGGAUCUGCUCCCCUCCCCCCCUCCACCCCCACCACACAGCCCCGUUGGCCAACAAGCCCCCCAAUCCCAGAAGCAGCAGGUCAAGCUCCUUCAACCCCCUGGGCCUCACCUUGGAGCUGCCCAGGGCCUCCUCAGUGAGCUGCACCACAGGCCCCAGCGCCACCAGCCCACGGAUCAACUCCCCUCCUCCUAUCGGUGUUCCCGCCAACGUGUGGGGCAUGGCCUCGCCUCAGCCCCGGAACCCGAGACUGACUCACCCUUCCUCCCCCUCCUCCUCCUCCUCCUCCUCCCUGACCUCACCCACAAGGGGGGAGGGCUCUUCCUGUUCCUACCCUGCCUCUCUGAGGACCUCCAGAGCCACAUCCCCCUCCCCUCCUCCCCCCUCCAGCCCCUUCCUCUGCUCCCCUCCGCCCUCCCACAGCCUGCACAGGCCCCUGGGCGGCGGUGUCCUCGGCCUGGCCGCCCGCCCCCCCAGCCCCGCCAGGACCCUGAACGGACGCCGGUCGUGGGGGGAGAGCGGGCUGAGGUCGGGGGGGUCCGUGGAGCUGGAGUCUGGCCUGGUGAGCCCGCGAGGUGGGGCUUCGCCCGGAGGCGCUCUGGCCUGCCUCAGCCCGGGUCCCGGGUCUGGAGCUCAGUCCCCCGGCCGCCUCACCCCAGGGAAGAGCCUUCACGGGGGGCAGUACUUCACCAGCAUCGCCUGGCCGGACAUCCGGGAGCUCCUGACCAGGUACGAUGGAGCGGACGAGCCGGAGUGUGACGCAGUGAGCCCCCCAGCCCUCUGCUUCCCCCAGGACCAGGACCCAGCAGAGGGGUCGUGUCGGAGCCAGCUCAUCUGUGCAUACGUGACCCGGCCUCCCCCUGUCCCAGAAAAGGACACCCCCACCAACCCCCCCGCCGCCCCCCCGAACACACAGCCUGACCCCCAGGACCCCUGCUUGGCCCAUGCAGCAAGGGGCUCACACAAGGCCAGCUACGCCACCACGGUGAACCUGCAGAUCGCAGGAAGCGGACGCAUCACCUCCUUCAGCACGGCCCAGGUGAGCCUCACCCAGACCCUGGCCCCCCUGGGGCUGGUCGUGGGGCCGGGAGAGAGCCAGGGACAGAGGAGGGUCAGCAUCAACGGAUGCAGCCUCUCCCCCCUUCCCCAGAACUGCAGCAGGAUGUGAUGACAGGCGGGGGUGGGGCUGGGGCUGGGGAGGGUGAGGAAGGGAGGUAGAGGGGGACAAUUGUGCUUUCUGCCCAGUCGAUGGGGACUGUUGACAGUCUGAAAUGGCACUUUACCCGGGGAUUCCCACAGUAGUGAGAAGUGAUCCUGUGAGGUCCGUAGGGAUCGAUACUAACCCAGUCAGAUGAGGGCUUGUACUGUUUUGAUCUCUCUACGGUAGUGAGCUGGGAAGGAAGACUUGUGUCAUCCUUCAGACUAAAACCACCUUCUCUUCCUGAGACAAGGCUGUGCUGAAGUCUUAAAGGGACAAUCCGUAAAACAUGUCAGCUCCAGACUUCAUCCUCCAGGCCACUGCCAGACAAGACUUCAGCUGAACGAGCAGUUUGACUCUACAGAUAGGCCUAUCUGCCUGUGUUGUUCUUAUUAAGCCUCUUCCUUAUAAAUUAAGUGCUGUUAAAUGUCUAUUCUGUGUUUAAGCAAGGAACAAUAUUUAGUUUACCAAAGCCUGUGUUUAGGUGACAACCAUGAAUGCUUUUCAUUAUUUAUGAAGUAAUGGUAUUUGUCUGCUUUCUGGCACUUAAUCUAAUUGUCUUUAUUUUGCACAGUUGUUCUUCUAUGUCAGUGUGGUUUAUUUGACGAUGAGUCUGUGAAGUGAUUUCAGAACAAAAGCAAGAUAGUGUUUAGUGUUUGUUUUUAUCUAUAAUUGUUUUACUGUUGCUGGAUGGCUUGCUUCGAAAUAAUCGAUCACCAUGUGUUCGGUUUCAGUAGAGCUGUGGGGAGGCUAGGAACAUCGUGAGAUGUUUUUUUUUUUUACCAAACUAUAUAUUAGUAUGACUUUUAUUGACUGUUGUUAUAAAAAACGUGUAUUUUCAUGGGGGUCACACCUCUCACUAAAUGAACACCUAGCUUAUCAAACGUACAAGUUUGUAAAUAAAUCCUGUGUGAACUCCA